AUGACCAGAGUCGCUUUGCAGGCAGAAAAACUGGACCACCACCCUGAAUGGUUCAACGUUUACAGCAAGGUUCACAUUAUCCUGAGCACACACGAGUGUGCAGGCUUAUCCGAGCGGGAUAUCAAUUUGGCCAGUUUCAUAGAGCAAGUUGCAGCUUCUCUGUCUUGA